AUUGUAGUUUUGUUUUUCCUUUUUUUUUAUCUACCCCUCACAUUGUGACACUGCUGUAGAUAUGCUGCAAAUCUGCAUAUUUACACACAUGGACAAAAUUGUUGGUACCCUUCGUUAAAUGAAAGAAAGACCCACAAUCGUCACAGAAAUAACUUAAAUUUGACAAAAAGUGAUAAUGAACAAUAAUUAAUAAUAAAUAAAAUUUUAAUGAAAACGAACAAAUGAAAGUCAGGAUUGCUUUUUAACCGUGCUUCAACCGGAUAAUGUAGAAAAAAAUAAACUCAUGAAAAUGAUGGUACGCCUAGAAAAGAGUGAAAAUAACGUGACCAAAGAGACAUGUUAGCCAAGGUGUGUCCACUAAUUAGCAUCACAGGUGUCUGCAAUCUUGUAGUCAGUCAGAGGGCGUAUGUAUGGGGCUACAGGUAGUCACGUGCUGUUUGUUGGUGACAUGGUGUGUACCACACUCAACAUGGACCAGAGGAAGUGAAAGAAAGCGCUGUCUCAGGAGAUUAGAAAGAAAAGUAUAGACAAAUGUAUUAAAGAUGUCCAGCAGGAUGUAACCGACACAGGAACUCAAGCUGAAGCUGUGCUUGAGACUGCGGAAGAGGCUCAGUACAAUACGCCUAUAGAUGCUGAGGAGCAUGAUGAGAAAUCAAAUGUUAAAAACUCAACAGCUACUGUGAAAAUAUUGCUGGUGCCAGGGGGUCAUGUGAUGACCAUGGCUUUUGCCAUUGGACUCAGCGUUGAAGAGGUAAAGCACCACCUUGCCUCAGAGCUAAAAGUCCCCCUGGAGGUGCUGCAGCUCUCUCUGAAUGGUCGAGUGGUGGAGGAGCAGCAGAGCCUGAUGGAGCUCGGCAUUCGGCCUCACAGCUCCACGCAGAUGGAGAUGACCUCUUCUGACCCAAGUUCAUACCCUCUCCGCCUUCUCCGUCUCCCAGAACAUGACAGCAUGCCAGAUGUCAUUACUGUACGAGUUCAAAAAGAGGAAGGGGUGUUCAAGGAGAUGGUGGUGGAGAUUGAGAGAUCUCAACUGCCGAAGCCCUUCCUGGGUGGCUACAGGCACCGGUUGACAGGGGUGGAGUACCACCAUGCCGCUAACCAGACCCUGCUCAAAAAGAGACCUGACAAAGGUGUUCUGGUUUACAGUCGGAGCACACAGACAGUUGAGCUGAAGUCUAAGCUUCAGCAGUGCUCUGUCAACAUGUCCACUCAGAUGACUGGCAUUGGUUGCUACACGUCCUGUAUGAAUGACAAGUUGGUAACUCCUGGGAAAUACAUUACUGCUGAAGAGUAUCACAGCAAGAGGCUAAAAGCUGUCAUCUGCCUGCAGUCAUAUGCUCGCCGAUGGCUAGCCCAGGAGGCAGUGGAGCAGCUGAGAAAAGAGCGAACCCGGCGUCUGGCCUGGUUUGAGAUGCAAGACAGAAAGUGUAAAGAGGAAAAAGAGGAGCAGCUGAGACACCGGCGCAAACGCUGGCUAAACCCACAGAGCAGAGAGGAUUUCAAUUUAUUGUACCACGCCCUAGAAAAGUGGAGGAUUGAAGAGGAGCAGCAGAUUAACUCAACGCUGCGAGGGGCUGAAAGAAAGGCCGCUCUGUGCUCGCUGCUGGAUCAGGAGACACAGCUCAUUGCUGCCAUUGGCCGUCAUCACAUCAACGUAGAAGCUAACAACUAUGACAAAAUCAUUAGGAACUUCCUGAACAAGUGCGCUGCUCCUCAUCAGUGGCGAACAUCCAGUGGUCGUCUUCUUGAGAUGGACACGGUGCAUGACGUCAGAGCCAGGGAGCUGAAGGAGCUCUACAAUGAAAUCAGCGUGUACACUGUUGACAAGCAGCAGAGACUCAGCUACCUAAAGAAGCUUAAAAAAACAGUUGAGGAGCAUGAGUGCCAGCUGGUGUGGGAUAUCAUUGAUCUGAUUGACAGGGAGAUGGACUUGAUGAGUCGAGAAGUAAAGGAACAUAAUCUAGAGGGGCUAAGGAAGAGGAUCUGUACCCUGUUCCUUCAGUACAUCAAAACACCAGCGUUUAACCCCAAAGUUGUCAAAUUGCUGAAGGUUCACAAGAAGCCGUCACAGCUAAAGCACAACAUGUUCUUCUGCCACGGCUGUCAACGUUACCUUUGCUCUGCCAACUUUGACUCAAGCGCCAAUGGCUGCCGGAGUCGUUGGUGCCGAUACUGUACCAGACUGGACAACAUAGCAAGAUCUCGUGAUGAAGACUCGCUGUACAAAAGCAUCCUGAGGAGGUUGAGAACCGAAGAGCACAGACUAAAAACAGAAGCUACCAUCCCCUUCCUGCUACAGGUGGAAGAUAUUCGCUACCUGAUAGAAAAGGUUUGGGCUUCCUGCUCAGCUCUCAAUGGCAGCAGAGACCUCUACAACAUGGUAUUUACUCGCUGGGAGCGUCAGAAGGACUGGAGCCCCUGGAACUGCAUACUGUUGUCCAAAGAGGAGACCUCAGCUCACACACAAGUCGAAGACAUCCAUGAGGCAUAUGAAACCACAUUUAUCCAAUGGGUUGAACAGAAACACUCGAUGGCACGACAACACUUCAGCAAGAACCCAAUUAUGGCCAAGCACCUGAGCUUCUAGUCAGCUGCUGCCUUAGACAACCAGUUUGUCAUCUAGUCUGUUAACAUGCUCACUAAUAAAA